AGCACUUCAGAUCCUUAUCUGGUGGUUUCCCCCUAAAAAACUGUGUUUCCCGGGGAUGACAACCGAUUGACCUCUGUAAUCAGAAACUUUUGCUGAGCCUGGCAUUCAUUCUAAUGUUGGAGGAAAGGUUUCCCAGAUAAGCCUCUGCAGUGGACAGCAAGGAGAUGGAAGUUGCCAGAUACUGGCCUGGAUUUGGCAAGACAUAAAUGAAUCACUUGGGAAGGAGCACUGGGAUGGCAGCCUGGUUCAUUUCUGUUGUGCACCUAGACGCCUAAUCCAAAGGCCUAGGACAAGAGGGGCUGCUGCAAGAACACGCACGGUGGCUGGGGGAGGAAGGGGAUGGCGAACGGGAAUGAUCAGCCACAUCCGCCUGGGAGCAAAACAAAACAGAACCAAACCUGUGUAGUGACUUUCAUAUGCUCCUGGAGUGGGAAGGGCCUUAGCCUGAAGCAGGCUCAUGGGCACUUGUGCCAGCCCCUGACUCCACUCCACCCCUGCCAAGUGUCGUGUGCACACGUCUGUUUGCUGCUCGCCACCUGGGCUUUCCCAAGCCGGGACCCAGGGAGCCCAUGGCUGCUAGACUCCCAGACCAGGCCGGACCCAGUGGGCCCGAGGGCCCAGGCUGACCUGCGCCAGUGUGGCUCAGCACAGCCCCGGUAGCACCGUGAGGAAGCCCUAGGUGGACCCAAACCCAGGAGAUGGGGGGCAAGCACCCCGGGACUGCUGAGAGCGCCUCACAGACUGUGUGCCCUGGUGCUCAGCUGCAGACUGUGCCCAGCAAAGGGGCCACACCGCCUUAGCUUCUCCUCCAGGCUCUCUCCUUCCUGUUCCUGCCCUAUCAUGGGUUCACUGGUCAGGGUUUGGAUUUGGGAGUCAGAUGAUGUUCCCGGAAAAGGCAGCGGUUUCAGCUGACAUGCAGGCUGCAGAUCCCCCAAAGGCUGUGGUGUUCCUAGAGCCUUCAUGGGAUAGGGUGCUCCAGGGCGACAGCGUGACUCUGAAGUGCCAGGGGGACUACGCUCCUGGAAACACGUCCACAGAGUGGUUUCACAAUGGGAGCUUCAUCUCAAGCCAGAACUCAAGCUACUUCAUUGAAGCUGCCAGAGUUGAGGACAGCGGAGAGUACAGGUGCCAGACAUCGCUCUCCAUGCUCAGUGACCCAGUGCAGCUACGAGUCCACAACGGCUGGCUUGUGCUCCAGGCUCCUCGGUGGGUGUUCCAGGAGGGGGAGCCCAUCCACCUGAGGUGUCACAGCUGGAAGAACACUCCUCUGCGUUUAGUCACAUAUUUACAGAAUGGCAAAGGCAAAAGGUUUUACCAUUGGAAUUCUGAGCACCACAUACCAAAAGCCACACCUCAUGACAAUGGCUCCUACUUCUGCAGAGGGCUUGUCGGAAAGAAAAACGUGUCUUCGGAGACUGUGAACAUCAUCGUUCAAGGCUCCACAAGUCUAUCUGUCUCACUGCCCUUUCCGCCUUGGCAUCAAGUCGCUUUCUGCCUGGUGAUGGUAAUCCUGUUCGCAGUGGACACGGGACUGUAUUUCUCUGUGCAGAGAAAGCUUCGAAGCCCACCAAGGAACUGGAAAGACCACAAAUUUAAAUGGAGCCAGGACCCUCAGGACCAAUGACCCGUUAUCCCUUGGUGGGUAGUAAGAGCAGUGGCAGCAGCAUCUCUGAACAUUUCUCUGGAUUUGCGACCUCAUCAUCCCAAUUAGGCAUCUCUGCGAGCAGCAGGAAAAACACAACUCAGACCCUGGGCUGAGGGCCCCCCACCCAAUUCUCUAUUUUCUCCUGAUCUCCAAUGGAAAGGAAGGGCCUGGGAUCUUCAAGUGAAGCCCAGUGAGUAGCAUCGUUCUGAGGAAUUGAAGUGUCAAGGCUAUACAACCACUUUCUCUGUCCCAAUCACUCCCUCACAGCGAAGCAACAGCACAGGCUCUGGUUGGUGACCUUUAAAUGUAUAGGAGUUGUUCCUAAAGAAAUAGACCAGCAGAAUUAGUGGUGGAGCAGAGCCAGCUAGACAGUGGUCUGCAUCUAUUGCUGCAGGGCUGUUUGCAUUCAGGGGAUCCCCAAACUCCAGACGAGAGUGUGGGAACUGCUGAGGAUCUAGAGGAUUCUGCAGAACCAGUGAAGGGAAUGGGAGAGGAAGAGCAGGGCAGUCCAGGGUAGACCAGGGGAAGUACUCCCCUCUGGGCCCAGAGAGAAGUCUGUCUGCCUAGAACACGAGCCCUGGUGGAGGUAACAGGAAAUCACAGAGGUGAUGCAGAAUUGAGUUUUCCAGGGGAGUCUCUAUCAGAACUGGGAUGGUCUGCAAGUAUAUACUGAUGAACUCUCUUAAUGCUGUGAGCAGAAAAUGGUCCUAGGAAAGGGACAGGGGAUUGGAAAAGAAAGCACACAACAAACCCUGUGCCUCACUGCCCCAGCUUAAGCUAAGUGAACAGAUAUCUCAGCAUCUAAACUGAGAAAUGAUAUGCAAGAGUCAACCAUAAACACACAGGAAGGAAAGGGCAGGGGGGUGAAGAUGCCUUUGUUGCCCAGGACAGUAAGAAUUAGAGAGGAGGGGCAGGG